AUGUGCUUGGUGAACGAGAUACACAUGCGUCUUUCACAUUUGCUACCGUAUAUUCUCCGUGUUUGCUACUGCAUUGUGCAGCUCUUGCAAUUCAGAGAGCAAUUGACGAAACUGACAUACAAGUCCCUGAAGUGCUCACGUGACCAUGGCGUUGCUGAUGCGCCUCUUUGCCUGCUGCCUUUUGAUCCUGCUUUCAGUGUCAAACGUUUCAGGUUGGAAAAGCAGCGGUUCAUUUGA